AUGGAGGCAAAGAAGGCCAUCGAAGAAGCAGGAUGGAAGCCGCGGACGAUGGAGCCGGGGCCCAAUUGGCCCCCGGGACUACCGGGCAGUGGAUCGCAAACCGAAAGCAUGACGCAAAAGGAGUACCACGAGGCCAUUGAAACGGUGUGGCAGGGAGCUGAGCCCGCAGUGCAAAGGCUGCUCAGGGCAGCGGGUAUUCCCCCGCCAGGGGAUUACAAGCCUGAGGAUGAGACGCCAAAGCAGGAGCUCAGCCGCCAUGUUGGUACAUACAGAAGGACGACAAACAAGUUGAGAUCACUCAUUGAGAAAAAGGUCCGGCUUCAAGACAAAACGGAAAAGAUCAAGAGCGAGUUCGAGCAGGCCAUGAAGCAGCUUGCGCAAGUCAGCCAGGCCAUCCAGACCACGGAGCUUGAGGUUGCGGAAGCACAGAGGAAGGUACAAGCCUGUGUGAAAGAUGAGGAGGACUCGCCGUACAAGGACGUCGCAUCCUACCUGGAAAAGGAAGGGAUCAUCCUGACCGACGAGCAAGCGGAAGCGCUCAAAACAAGGAUGGCAGUCAAGGUCGUGGAGACAGACUGGACUGGAGUCUUGGGCCCACGAGGCAACGCCGACGGGGCGCGAACGCUCGCCGGCGCGUGCCCAUGGCGAAUGAAGCCUCGGCUGGGACAGGAGUGGAGGGGCCGACACCUCAGAGUCGCUCCUGGUCCGAACAGCCAAAAGAAGCAAGCAAGACAGUCUCAGGAGUCUCAAUGGGGAGACUCUGUUUACACUUUUGGUGGUGGCCGGAAGCAGUGUCACGGGGACAUUGUAUGGCCACAGGCGCAUGGGGAAGGCAGUCAAGCUGUGUCUAGUACCCAUGUGCCUAGUACAAACAGCACAGUGGAAGACAGCCAAGAGAGCUGGAGUCCAGUUAAGAGGGGUCCGGAGCCUGUCCGAGCUGUGGACAGCAGUUGGGCGGUCACAGGGCCCAGAUACUUCCAUAUAACAAGGGAAGACAUCGAGGAGGAAUGUGAGCAUUCGGCCUCGCGAGAAGCUGAGGGAAGCCAAAUACAGAUGAGAGACCAUGCAGCGGUUAGAGGGGAGAACAUGAAGGCCUCGCAGGAAGCUGAGGAAACACGAUUCUCGGCCUCGCCGUGUGCUGAGGGUCGCAGAGGCAAACAAAAGCCCAAGAAGCGGAAAGCAAAACCCACGAAACCACCAAAAGAUCUGCCAAAGGAGUGGCAAACGCUAUGCCAAGUGGUGGGUAGAUAUGAUGCUUCCAGUGAGGCUGCUGCACUCGAAGCCAUUGAGAAGCUGGAAGAGCAGGAACUCAACCCGCUACAACAACGAGCAUGCCACGAAGUGCUUCGUUCCUUUGUGGAGCAUGACGCACAAUAUGCCAAAUGGAUCUUGGCAGAUGUGGCAAGUGGGUAUCGCCAAGAUGAUAAGGCCGAAUGCAUCAAAAUCACAGCGGCUAACAUCACCAGCUGGAGGAAACCCAUUGCGGCAUGGAUACAUGAACUAGGACCGGACCUGGUGGUGCUGCAGGAAACCCACCUCAAGACGGAGGGUAUCCAGCAAGCCAUGAGCCAUUGCCAAGAUAUGGGAUACACCUUCAUUGGCAUGCCAGGCAGUACAAAAAUUAAGGGUGUACAAGGAGGCCUGGCAGUGGUUGCACCCCGACAUAGGAAUCUGCGAUACCUUACCGAGUAUGGGUCAGGACCGGCGGGCUUCCUGGCAUGUGCCAUGAGAAACAAAGGCUGGGAUUUGAUCAUCGUCAGUCUGUAUUUGGAGAGCGGGGUCGGAUUCCAGGCUCCAAACAAUAUCCAAGUACUGGCGAGACUGAUAGCCUUUCUCAAGGGCUGCAAAGUGCCAUAUAUGGUGCUGGGAGAUUGGAAUGAAGCCCAGGAUACCAUGAGGGGCACAACUAUGGCGACAGAAGUUGGUGGUGCAUUUGUAGGAGUGGGGGAACCAACGGCCCAAGGAUCGGACGAAAUUGAUUACGGGCUGGUUGCGAAAUGCUUGGUGCCCAUCCUGCAAGUGAAAACGGAUUGGGAAACCCCUUUUCGGCCUCAUGCUGCGAUGCAUUGGAGGGUAGCCCAACCGUGCAGUAGCCCUGAUGUUCCCCAGAUGAAGAAGGCGGGAGCAUUGGUGACGGAGACUGCGGAAUACGAACCAGUUCAAAACACACAGAGCAUCAACAUCCUGGAUGAACCCAAGAUGGAAGAUGAGCUCAGUGAGACAUUCGCUCACCUGAGUGCCGGGGUGGAGAGGUCGAUCACAGGCCGAAUCGAAGGCAUGGGUGUUAAAUCCGAGAUUGUCCGGAAGAAGUUGGUGGUCAACAACCCGGAGAACGUUGUCUGGACAGGCAAGAGGGCGGCCUUUUGGAACAGGGUCCAACAAUGGGUCAAACAAGGCAGACAUCAUGGCGAUGCGCAUCCGGUGGCGCGCCUGGUCCAACGUAGGCUAGGCGAGUAUUACGAGGGUGAUGCUCAGAACCAGGAGGAUAUGCUCGUGAAUAUCCUGGGCCGGGGUACGGACGCUAGACUUGUUCUGAAGCGCAUCGACGAACAGCAAUGCUACGCGAGAAAGGCGGAUAUGGAAGAGACAGCCCACCAGUACAAGCAAUGGCUCAGCAAGGCCAUGGAAAAGGGCAUGCGACCAUUAUACAAUGCCUUGCGAAAAGAAGAACAAGUGGUACAAAGACCCUACAUGGAAUAUGACAUGCUGGAACGGCCACACAUUCGCCGAGACCACUGGGCGGCAGUGUGGACGACGGGCCAGCCGUUGGCAAAAUCGGCCUCGCUCAUGACGGAGCUCGAGGAUGCAGCCAAAAAACAAGCGGCCAGCGUGGAGCCGCUAAACCCUGUCGAGGUCAAGGCAAGGAUCAAAAAACUGGCACUAAAGAGCCCGGGGCCGGAUGGCUGGAGGAUUGAUCAUUUGCAGGCCAUGGACGACAAAGCAGUUGAAGCCGUUGUGUCCUUCUUCCAUGAAUGUGAGGCCAAGGCAGCAUGGCCGCAGCAAAUGACAGUCUCCCUUAUAGCAAUGCUGCCGAAGAAUCUGACCCGGGAAAGACCAAUUGCUUUGCUACACAUCCUGUACAGGACCUGGGUCCGUUUGCGAUGGGAUCUGGUAAGUACUUGGCAGGCAGGCUAUGCCCAAACUGCCACGUAUGACAAGGCAGUCCCAGGCAGUUGCUGCUUGGACGUGGCUGUAGGCAGACUACUGCGAAAUGAGGUGGCGAAGACAAAUGGUGUGCAUGUGGUGUCACUCUUUGUGGACCUCGAGUCCUUUUUCGAUACCAUCCAAUUUCAGCAAUUGAUCACGGCAGCAACGGCCCUGCAAUAUCCACCGCUAAUCCUGAAGAUGGCACUGGAAGUGUACAUGGGUGCCAGAUAUUUGGUGGCGGAUGGGGUGCUGUCGGCAGGCAUCAGAGCCACGAAUGGCGUGCAAGCAGGGUGUCCAGCUGCGCCAUCGUUGGCAAAGGUGGCAUUGCACCCGGUGAUAGAUAAGAUCCAAAGGCGACGAGAUGUGGCAAACGUGGAUUGUUGGUUGGAUGAUGUCUCAAUUGACAUCCAGCAUAAGUCCUUCAAACAAGUUGCGGAUAGUGCGAUACGAGUCUACCGCAGCUUAAAGGACGGGAUGGACGCUAAUGGUUUCACGAUUUCAUCCAAGAAGACAGGGUUUGUGGCCAGCAGUACCCAGGCGAGCAAGCACCUGCGAGAACUCCUGUUGCCUCAUGAGCCACAGGUGUACGACGUGAUGCGUGACUUGGGCGUCGACAGUACAGGGGGGCGAAAGCGUCGCUUGGUGACGUCGGCAACGCGGGCCAAGAAAGCCCAUGCGCGACAUAGCAAACUGUCCAGGCUGGGGCCGCCGCCCAGCACUAAACUCCGCGUGGUCAAGGCAGCGAUCACAUCCGUUGCUUUAUGGGGGCACCCCUCUGUGGGGGUAUCACCUAAAAGAAUGAAAUGGCUCCGAACCGUGGUAGGAAAACACCUGGGUAAAUACAAGCUUGGGAGUUUGGAAACCAUCUUGGACAUGGGGGCCAAGAAAUGCCAGGAUCCAAAGCGCACAAUCCACAAGCAGCAUUUCAAGGUGGUGGCCAAGGUUUUCCGUGCAUGGAUUGGUGGCGGAAAAGCCCACUUUGAAUUGGCCUGGAAAACCACUUGGAAGAGGUUGAGUGCGGCCAAACACCACUGGCCACUGGUCACGGGGCCGAUGGCAGCAACCAUGGCGUACUUAAUGGAUCUGAAGGUGGAUGCCAGCGACCCAGGCAAAUGGAAGAGAGGAAGUGUCCUCAACGUUGAUUGGACCCAGCCACGCAUGGGUAGCCUCGCCUACAACUGGCUUGAGGGAUUUCUGGAGGAACAAAAACGGGCUGCAAUAGCGAGACAGGCAGGUGGCGCUGGUGCCCAAGAGGGGCUGGAUUGGACGCCGCAUCACAAGCUGACGAAGCUGGGAGGCCUAAGCCCAGGCCUUAUGGAAGGUAUAAAGUCAGUGUGGCACGCGGGCGUCAUCACGGAAACCAAGCCAGGAUGGUGCAAGAAGUGCCAAAUGCCGGCAACUCUGGAGCAUGUCCUCAAGGAAUGUCCUUACUGGCGUGAACAAGGGUUCAAAGAACCCAAGCUCCAGGACUACUUGCGAUGCUUUGCAGCUGCUGCAAAAGUGGAAGCGGAAGUCGGGCGGAUCACAGAGCUGGUCUACCCGUGGCAGCCGGUGGUGGACAUGGAGCGUCGUGCACUUUUCCGACUAAUGGAGCACACGGAGGAUCUGAUUGAUGUCACUAUGGAUUGCAAGCCGGCAGUCCAAGUGCUACAAAAAACACAACCGCCGGAGGAUGACCUGGAAUGGAGCAAAGUGUGGAAUGGCAGGAAACGUAUCAAGGCAACAUGGGUCCCGUCCCACAAAACUGAAGAGGAAUUCCUGGCGAAGAUGGGGCCGGGUACGUUGUGGCGACGUGCAGCGAAUGACAUGGCAGACAAAGUAUGUGGAGCAGUGGCGGCGGCUGCUUACAGCCCAGCGCACAAGAGGCGUGUCAAAGAAUUGGACAAUGUGGUGCGCACACUUUCCCUGGCGUACGGGGCACGCGCAGCCCACAUAUUGCGGAAGCGCAAAGAAGAAGACUUCCCCUUCAUCCUGGACCAUGCGCAUUACAAAGAGAAGAUGGUGGUCUUGGAGCAGUACUGCGUCAACCAGCCGGAGGCGCGAGUGCGUGAAGAGUGGGGCAAGCUGGCUACCCAAGCGCAAACCCUUGUCAAUGGUGGAAGUAUGAGCAACGUCCAGUUUCAGCAGCCUCGCGUUCAGUUUGGUGGGAAUCGGCCGGACAAAGGCAAGGGCAAAAGCAAGAACAAGCAGAAGGAUCAGCCCCGUGAACGGUCCCCGCUUCGACAGGCCAGACACCUGGAGCAGCCUUGGGAUAGUGAAGAGGAGAGAGCUUCGGAAUCUCCGGUGGGUCCGGUACGCUUACGGGAGAGAGGAGAAGACAGUACGGCCUCGCCUCAAGCUGAGGGUGACGAUGAAGAGCAAGAGGCAAGCCAGCCUCGUACAGUCACGCUGGCGGAAGGAUAUGCUCUGGAUCGGCUAUGGGUCAUGAAACUAGCAAUGGAACCCCAGAGCUUUGGCAACGAAGCAGGGUAUGGGGAACAAUUCCCCACCCUGGUCACCAGGACCCUGUGGGCAGGAUGGAUUGGAGUCCUUUUCGACGAAGCGGUGGAGGGUUACUGCCACCACUACCUCUAUGGAAGUAUCAUCCGCAGGGCAGAGCUGUUCAACACAUGGUGGCAGGAACAUCGCCAUGAAGCCGGGGUCCUCAGACAGUCCCUGUUUUACCUGGUGGCUAUAACGUCAUGGCUGACCAUGCAAGGAGUUGCUCUAUCGGAUAUCACGGUGAGCAACGUUGGGCGCGACCCAAUGUCAGGAUCGCUACCGCGGGCAAUGUUCUUUGACACGGCGGAAUGGACGACGCUGCAGGAGGAGAGAUACAAGAUAUCAUGCGGCCUCGUACGCCUCCUGGAGAAAUAUGAUGCGGAGCUACUGGCAACCAUACGUGGAUUGGUCAGAACGUACGACGGCAAGGCCAGCGCGCUUUGGAUGGCGUGCGUAGGCAAUGUCGGGCCAUUUGCCCAGCACCUGUUGGAUGCCGGAAUUGCAAAACGAGGAUGGGAUGGAACCCUGCAUUCGGUUCCGGCAACAGAGAUCCAGAGAAUCACGUUGGGCAUGCCGUAUGACGAAGCUGACGAGUGA